AUGGCGUCGUGGUUCUCCUCAGACGUGGUUUGUGACAGAGCGGCGCGGUGGCAGCUUUUAGCCCGGCCCGACUUCCUGCGGAGGGAAGGUUGCUUUCGCUGUGACUUCCUCCACAUCCUCCCUGCUCACGCCGUCCACACCGUCCACGCCGUCCACACCGUCCACACCAUCCACGAGGUCCACACCGUCCACACCGUCCACACCGUCCAAAAGGUCCACAAGGUCCACACCGUCCACACCGUCCACGCUGUCCACACCGUCUAUGCCAUCCACACCGUCCACACCGCCCACAAGGUCCACACCGUCCACGCCGUCCACGCCGUCCAUACCGUCCACAAGGUCCACACCGUCCAAAAGGUCCACAAGGUCCAUACCGUCCACAAGGUCCACGCCGUCCACGCCGUCCACAAGGCUCACAAGGUCCACACCGUCCACGCCGCCCACACCGUCCACAAGGCUCACAAGGUCCACACCGUCCACAAGGUCCACACCGUCUACGCCAUCCACACCGUCCACACCGUCCACGCCGUCCACACGGUCCUCGCCGUCCACGCCGUCCACGCCGUCCACAAGGUCCACAAGGUCCACACCGUCCGCAAGGUCCACACCGUCCACAAGGUCCACGCCGCCCACAUCGUCCACAAGGUCCACGCCGCCCACAUCGUCCACAAGGUCCACACCGUCCACGCCGUCCACAAGGCUCACAAGGUCCACGCCGUCCACACCGUCCACACCGUCCACACCAUCCACACCGUCCACGCCAUCCACACCGUCCACAAGGUUCACACCGUCUACGCCAUCCACACCGUCCACGCCAUCCACACCGCUCACAAGGUCCACACCGUCCACACCGUCCACAAGGUCCACACCGUCUACGCCAUCCACGCCGUCCACACCGUCCACGCCAUCCACGCCGUCCACGCUGUCCACGCCGUCCACAAGGCUCACAAGGCUCACAAGGUCCACACCGUCCACACUAUCCACGCCGUCCACGCCGUCCACACCGUCCACACCGUCCACGCCAUCCACACCGUUCACACCGGCCACAAGGUCCACACCGUCUAUGCCGUCCACGCCGUCCACACGAUUCACAUCGUCCACACCGUCCAAACAAUAUGCAUCGACUGA